AUCUCAGUUGGUGCAUGACGUCACACAGCCUGCAUCAGUUAGUGUAGUCAUAUGGCGAUCUCGCAUGAAGCCCCUUAUAUAACGGCAAAACCAAUGGUUAUCAAGGACAUGUUGACUCGAAAAUUCGCUGGGAGGAUGAAAAAAGAAACUCGCAGACCUUUACAGAUCUAAAUUCUAUUUAACACAUCAACAGUUGAACAGCAUGGAACUUACUAAUGACCCACUCUGUGAACCAUCUGCUUCUGAAGCAAAUCUGCACAAUGAGCAGCUUUCACUUUCAGACCGCCUGUCGCCUUCUGAAGCACCAUUAGAUAGUAUUGUACAUGGAAUAGAGGUUUCAGAGGGUUCAGAACGAAACCGUGGCCUUGAGUUGAAGCUAGACCUCUAUGUCCCGGCACCACCAAUAAUAGAGCCUGUAACACUUGUAGAGGAAACAGUGGAGCAUUGUGCACUUCCUGUAGCAACAGAAGAGGAAAUCCCACAACCUGAAGCCGUUAAAGAAGGAUCAGAUAAAACUGCCAACUUUGUAGGCUUUCAUUGCAAAAAUCAGACAAGUCUUGCUGAGUCGAGUUUGAAUACUGUGAUAGAAGUGCGAUGUGAGCAGGCAUCCAAUGAAACAAGCUCAUCAGACUGUACGGCUGAAAGUUGUAUGCCCGUAGAGACCAUAAACUCAAAUGAAACACCAAAAAGUUGUGCCAAUAUUAAACCAUUAACUGGAAGUACAGUAGACAAUGCCAACAGAAUGAUCAUCCCUCCAAAGAAGGACAAAUUUAACCCUUUGAAAAUUGACAUGGCCAAAGUAAUACCUCUAACCUCGUCCCAACUCUCACUGCAGUGCCUAGAAUGUCACAUCAUCUUCAGUGACUCCAAAAGCAAAGAACGGCACCUUAAAAUGAGCCACCCUGCAGAAUAUCAGCAAUGCAUGCUGGGAGAUGCUCUCUUUACUUGCUAUGUUUGUGAUCAGCAUUUCACCACCUCCACAGAGCUCAUGGCCCAUCAACGCACACACACAGGUAAUGAGCGAUUCAAGUGCCCUUUUUGUAGUGAGGCCUUCUACAGAUCCUGUGAACUAACAAGUCACAAAAAAAAAAUUCACUUCAGCAAACAUGGAUACACCUGUGCAGAGUGUGGCAAGCCUUUCAAAACCUUUACUUUGCUCAGAUACCACCAACGGGUACACACAGAGGAAAAGCCUUUUGUUUGCAUACACAAACACUGUGGUAGAAAGUUUUCUGCAUCCAAGUCUCUUCAACACCACUUAGAAAAACAUCAGAAAGAAGAUAACCAGGAUAACCAGACAAAUGCUUCAAUCAGUUCAAAGAAAAAGAGGGAUAAAGGAAAAAAUGUGAGGAAAUUCCCAUGUUCACAGUGUGCUGCAGUCUUCAAGACUUCUAAAGCACAACUUCUUCACAUCAGAAAUAAACACUCUCAAGAGUCACAAAGUAGUGCUGUGAUGGUGCCACAACUAAAGCCAACUGGACUUGCUCUGACACAGACCGCAAAUGGACAAUCACAGACUCUCAUCAUGGAAACUGUUGGACAAACAACAGAGCGAAUGGAUAAGCUGGAUCCUGUGCAAAUAAAAAGGCUAAUUGAGAAACUUGGGAAUGUACAGAAAGUGAAUCAGUUGGUUAUAUUGCCUUCAACAGCCAUUAAUGCAACCAUUACAUGUGAAUUUUACUAAAUCAACCAUUCAGCCAACACAAUGUAAGAAAUCUGACACAGACUCAUCAAAACAGAGCGAAUUAACUUUCAGUUGUCUGCAGAAAUUGGAGAUUUGCAUCAAAAGGAAAAUGUUCUAUCACAAGAGGGAGCAAAUAUUUCAUCAGAAAACUCAGAGACCCUAGUAACAGCUGUUGAACUGACACAAACAGAGGUCCAAAUAGAAAUGGAUGAAAUUCACCUUGAACUUAUACCAGUACAGACUGAUACUUCGGUUUUGCUGGAUCAAACAUCUUUACAGAGUGAAAAACCACAGAAUGAUUCUGUUAAUGAGAUGGCACAAAUAGCAGAGGAACAUUUAGAGAUGUCAUGUCCUGCACAAAUGCUAAAUUCAACAGAAUUGUCAGUGGAAUCUGAGUCACUGGUGGUAAGUAAACAGUGUAAUAUAGUCAAAUUAAGUGAACCUCAAGAACUUCAAGAAGUCCAAGAUCAAAAGGACCGAUCUGAAUCAGAGAAAGAACCAUCCAUGCCAGUGGAACCACAUUCUCAGCCCAAUUCUCUCAACAGUGUGCAGAAUGACACCGUAAUUGACCUUCAACAAAGCUCUGUGCUUACACAAGACAAGACUAGAGCCAGCUUACAGGAUUUCCGUUUUGUUCAGAAGAAACUUCCAACAAAGAAAAAAAAAUCUAAGAAACAAUUGGCUGACAAAAUAGAGACUAAGGAAGCAAGUAAAGUAUGUGAUGGUCAGCUAGCCUCAACCAAGAAAGUUGAUACUUCAUCAAAAGUAAUUACUAAAAAAAGGCAAAUAGCAAAAAGCUUGUUGUCAAAUUCGGACCAAGUGAGAAGAAAAAAUCCUCUAAACCGAAGGUGGUAAUAACCUCAAAAACCAAACAAAACCAGAACCAGAAAAUUAGUGAUCAAGAUCAAAUUCCUAUAUUGUCUCAGCAUGUCAAUAAACUAGAUUUAAACCAAAAAGUGCAAAGAGAUAAAAAAGGAAAGGAGAUUGAAAGUCCUUCAGAAGCAGCAGUGAAGACAACAGCUCAAAUUACUAAUUCAUUAGACACUGUUUUGGCAGAAACAGAAGCAACAAAACAAGGGAAAUCCCAGAAGAGAAAAAUAAAGAAUCAAAACAGUUUGGACGAGAAGGCAAACUCAGUCCAGAAGGCUCACCAAAA